UGUUCAGAAUUGAUUACGACUAUUCUUGAUUCAGUUCAUUCAUUCAUUCAUCAUCGCCACCAUUAAACAGUUCCAAAGAGUAUUAAUCAUUCUCCGUAAAUUAACCAAUCUAUUGAUUAUCUGGUUAACAGUCUUCACAGUUUUGCCUUUUUUUGUUGUUAUCUUCACUCUCUCUGUACAUUUUACAUUUUAACUCUUGUUGAGUCGCGAUUAAUCAAUAAUUAAUACACUAAUUACAUCCAACAUCUUAAUUUCCUGGCAGCUUAAAAAUUUAUUGACAUUUAACUAAAGUCUAUUGACUUUACUGAUGCAAUUAACGUGUAAAUAAACAGUUGAAACUAAAUUGUAAAGCAAAUUCAUUUGCUACUGUUUCUUGUUUUCCCUUUUUGCCUUUCAACACAUAAUAUUUUCCAGUAUACAUUACCAUUGGUUACUAUAAAAUUUGUUGUUCUCGCCUUUCAAUUGUAAACAUUUCCAGAAACACAAAAUGUUGUACAAAUCAUUUUUGACCAUUUUAAUUGUUUUAAUUGACCAACUUAAAAAUGGAUUUACAAAUUGUGUGCCAACACUUGAUCAUCGGAUUAACCUGCGUCCACCAAAUCCAGGAGAUGAAGAACCGCUUAGGACAACAAGUGAAACCUACAAUCCAUUUAUGAAUACCAAAAAUUUCAACGAUACCAUUGAAGCCUUUUCACCUUCUAUGGACUAUUAUCCGCCCUGGUGUCCCGAAUGCUGUGAUGAAGAUGAAGUAUAUUCCAAAAGCCUGAAAAAGUGUCUCGAAAAAAGUUUCAUUAUGGACGAGUGUAUUUCAUCUGAACAGUGUGUUGUUCCCCAAUCAACCUGCCAUUUCAACGUGUGUCGGUGCACUGAUUAUUACUACGAAUCUGGCAGAUACAAGUGUAUUCCAAUUCAUAAUACAGCAAUUGAAAUUUACAAGAUAACAAUGAUUUUCGCUUCAAGUUGCCUUGCCUUGAUUUUGUUGAUCUUUUUGGCGUGUAUCCUGCGUAAAUCAUAUUGUCCAGCUGAUUCAACUCACCAAGCAACUGGUCGAUCCACAAUGAAUGAUUUGUUUACAAUUUAUCCGGGAACAAGUGGUUCACCAAGUGACCUGUUUGGCAAUUUAACACCAGCCGAGAAACCGCCGAGUUACAGUGAAACCAUGAGAAUGAUUAAUCAAGAAAUUGGAACUCCUCCGCCAGCCUAUCACAACAUUUUUUACACUGAAGCAUCUUCAACAGAAACCACAUUACCAGUGAUAUCUCAAUCAAGCAACAAUAUUAUUAACAGUACUAAUCAUGUUAAUUGUGAACAAUCUUCAUCCUCACCAACAUCUAUUACUUUAACACAAUCUCAUUCAUCUACAAACAAUGGUUUGCUGUUACCGGCAACAGCUUCAACAAUUAAUGCUCAAAAUUGUAAUUUGUAUUCCUUAAGUCAAUCCCGUGUCAAUACAACUCCGUCAGCACCAAAUAUUGGCUUCUUUAACCAGGGCCAAGUGAAUUCGGCAUUUUCAAGUGAUAGUUGACUUUAUAUUUAACUAUAAUAUUUACUUUAAUUUUUUACCUCAAAAUCUUUUCAACUCUUCUGUGUAAAUUUAGUCAUCAGCUUCAUUUGGUGAAUCAACAUAUAUAUUUAAAUAUAUAUUCAUUUUUAUAUCAUAUUCAUGUGAUAUUAAUGACGAUGACAAUAAUUGUUAUAAAAUUGUUACAAGAUUACUAAUUGUUAAUGUAGUGUCUACAAUGUUAUUAAUCAUGGACAACAAAAUGAACCCAAUGUUAAAUAUUUCUACUUUCUUGGAGUUAUAUUAUUAAAAGAAACGGUUAUUUGAAAGAAA